AUGGAAGGCGGGAAAAAGCCACAAAUCUACUUCUCAAUCUCAGCAUUCAUAGUCCUCCUUUGCAUUUUCCAAGAAGAAUUUUUUAUGCUUCCAAUUGAGUCACUAUUCCCAGGCCACGCAAUUUAUUACAUCAUAACCUUUGUUUUGCGGUAUCCAAAUUCCCACCAAAUCCGGCGUAUUCUUGUAACAUUUUCUUUAUCAUUUGGAGAAGUCAUAUUAACGAGCCUGAUAUUUGGGGCAGAUCUUCAUAGAUCUUUUACAAUUCUUAUUACAGAAUUUGUAGUAAUUUAUAUUGCACACACUCUCUUGAGCCCUAGAGAAAUUUAUGAGUCCUUUAAAAAAUAUAUCAAAAUGGACUGGCUUAUCAAGCUAAUAAUUUUUCUAUAAAAAGCUUUAAAACACUCCAAUAGGGUAUAAAGCUUUUCGUACAGUGGUUUUUAAUUUAGAAGCUAUUUGGAGAGCAAUUUUACUAGUAUCUGCUAUGCAUUCAGUUAUUACAAUUCAUAAGCUGUCACAAUAUUCAAUUGUGCUAGGAGUUUUAAUUGGAGUAAUGAAGAUGGCAACAGCUGCUAUUGUCCAUGUAAUUGAUGGAUUUUUGUGUGUGGAUGUCCCUGUAAGAGAAAUUGAAGUCUCAGGAGUAGGGAUUUAUUUCAGAAACGGAAUCAUUGUGUCAACUUUAAGCUUGAUUUUGCUGUCGAUAUCAGAGACUGGAACAUCUUAUGACAUUUUGUAUGAAACCACCCCAGAUUAUGCGAAACUUAUAACAAGCAUAUACUUUAUGCUUUGGUACACUCAUGACAGCAUUGAGUAUGGAUCAUUUUUCAAGUAA